AUGGGGACUGGAAAGAAAAACACCUGGCAGAGGGCGAUGAGGCCCAUGUCGACUGUCAUCAUGGAUAAACAGGUUCAAAAUGACCUCUUCGGAGAUAUGAAAGACUUUUUGAGCAAAGCUACCCAGCAGUGGUACGCCGACAAAGGUCUGGCUUAUCAACGCGGCUACCUUCUAUUUGGCCCUUCAAGAACCGCCGGAGAAGUUGAGAUGAAUAUCUAUACUCUUCAAUUGACUGGACUCUCCGAUAGCCAGUUAACGACGUUGUUUGCUCAGCUACCUCCUCACUGCAUGGUUCUCUUGGAGGAUGUCGAUGCCGCCGGUAUGGGUAGCAGGGACACUGCUGAUCAAAAUCAAACGAAAGAGUCAAGCUUUGAAGUGACCAUUUCUGGUCUCCUGAAAGCCCUUGACGGAGUGGCCUCUCCAGAUGAUCGUGUUCUCAUUAUGACAACAAAUCAUAUUAAAAAACUCGACGAGGCCCUUAUUAUACGUAUACGGAGGAAGAGGCUUGGAAUCGUCGGACACUAA